UGCAAAAAAUAAAUAAAUAAAUAAAUAAAUAGAGAGAGAGAGAGAGUUGACUCACUGUACAUCUCCACGACCUUUGAUAUACAUCUAAAAGUGGAGUCUUUUAUGCUAACCAGCUGAUAAAGAACGAAAUCGUAGAUCAAAUCAUGGCAGAGAAGAGAGGAAGCAUUGCCUUCUUCGCAACCUAUCGGCCACCGGUUGCGCUCGACAUAUUCUCUUGCCCACAGGAGCUUCCACAGACGACAUCGAAUCAUCAAGGUCAUGAGGUUCACAUGACUGACGGAAAAUCUUACAAUUACAACGCCAAAGUCAUCCCACCCGCGGCUCUGAAGACAAUCCUCAAGCGUCCAGAAUUGGCUUCGCAGCGCAUUUACAAAGCGGCCGAUGUGGAUUCCGGUCAUCUCUCCGGCUUGAUUUUUGUCUCCGAACGAGACAACCUUGAAACGCUUCACAUAGCUCUCCGCUUCAAUGAUGACACAGUGCCGAAAGUCUUCAGUUUGGCCGAUGUUUUCGGCACAAGAUCCUUCAAUGGUGUUCGUAUGGAAGACAGCGGUUGCUUCGCCGGUGAUUAUCUCAUCUAUGUCUCCACUAAGGAACCCGCCGUUCGUCGUCGUCAGCCCUGGACUGCCGUUUAUAGAACCAAUCUUAAGACCGGGAAAACCGACCGCCUCACCCCAUUAGGGGAAGCUGAUUUAAGCCCUUCCGUGUCACCGUGUGGAAAGAAGAUAGCGGUGGCGUCAUUCGAAAGAAAGAAACAUCAAUGGGAUGGCGAGAUCGAGGAUCUAAAGACUAACAUUUUUGUGAUGAAUGUAGAGGAGCCCUUUGACCGGAAUUUAGUUAUAAGGAACGGUGGGUGGCCAACAUGGGGAGAUGAGGAUGUAAUAUUUUUCCACCGCAAGGAUGAGGGGUUUUGGGGCGUGUACCAAGCUGAUAUUAGUGAUGGUCUAACAUAUUCUCUUGUUACACCGAAGGGAAUUGAUGCGAUAACUCCGGCAGCCAUCAACGACACCACAGUAGUAGUCGCAACUAUUCGUAAGAAAUCGAAGUUGACUGAUGUCCUCCUUGAAGAAGCACAAUAUCGACACAUUGAGAUUUUUGAUUCGACUCAACCACAAAAGUCCAUACAUCUCACUCGAAAAAUUAGGCCAAAGGCCGACCAUUUCAACCCCUUUGUGAUAGACAUUGGUGGGAAUAAGCGCAUCGGUUACCACCGUUGCAAGAUCGAACACCUUAAGAGUGAAGACGAUAUACCAAAACGGUUCCACCAACUCCGCUCUCCGCAUCAGGAUAUAGGACUGUUUAGGGUGUCGGGAGUGUUUCCGACAUUUUCCAACGACGGCUCCAAGCUUGCCUUCGUUGACAAUGAGUUCAAAUCUCUAUGGGUAGUCGAUAAUAAUGGACCGAAUCGUGUUUACACGAUGAAAUAUGACAACAUGUUUGCGCCAGUUUGGAACCAAGAUCCACAGAAAGAUACGCUGUAUGUAUGCGUGGGACCUUCUUUCAGUGCUGACAAAGAAUUGCAGAUAUGCGCCAUCCUCGACGUGACGAGUGGAAAUCAGCAACGUAUAGACCUCACAAGACCUUCCAGUAAUGGCUUUUCAUGCAAUAGCGCCUUCCCAUCCACCAAUCGAGAAGGGACAAAAUUAGUUUAUCGAUCUACAAGAGGGGAUAAAAGAUACAAGAAUCUAUACAUAAUGGAGGACGCACAAGUAGGGGAAUAUGGGCAUGGCAAAAUAACAAGGCUAACAAAUGGGUCUUGGACUGACACACAUUGCCAAUGGUCGCCAACGGGAGACUGGAUAGUAUUCUCGUCAACCCGCGAUAAGCCUGAAGAUGCACCAAAAAGCGAUAACGGACUUGAUCCAGGAUAUUUUGCGAUAUAUCUAGUAAAGGUGAACGAUCCAUCAGUGGUCGUAAGAGUGACGGGAAGUGGGAGUGAUCUUACAGGGCAUGUGAACCAUCCAUUUUUUAGUCCGGACAGGAAGAGCAUAGUUGUGACAUCCGAUCUUGCUGGAGUGUCUGUCGAUCCCAUCUCUUUACCUCUCUUCUUGCACUCCGUGAGGCCUUACGGAGAUAUCUUCACCAUCGAUAUUGACCCCGAUGAUAUAAACAAGAAUUGGGAUGUGAAGGAGUUCAAUCGCAUCACACAUAGUAGGUAUGAGAAUGCCACUGGUAGUUGGACUGUUUUCUCAACUCGAGACUCGAAAGCAGAGUGGAACCGGUUGCUUCGAGACAAAGACAACCCUAGGCCAUGCCCUUAUGCACACGGUGAUGGAGGCGAAAGUUGGCAAACGGAAGUCAACCUUGUCAUCCCGAAAAGAUGUUGAUUGCCUUUGUGUAACUGUCUUCUAUUGAUCAUAUCCAGUAUAAGCCUUCAUUUGAUGUUCCUAUACUAUCUCUUUCUUCAUCAAAUACUUCAAUAAUUCAAUGUAAGAGCCAUGGCUAAAGAACUGUACAAGCACUGCUUGUUGCUUUCAAACUUAAUACUAGAGAAAGCAAAUCUCGGUUGUUGUUUUCGAAAUGAAGCUUAUAAAGUACUCAACGAUGUU